AUGCCAUUGAGUUUUGAAGGAACGUUUAAAGCAAAAAGAAACGUCAAUUUAGGCGGAAAACGCAACACAAACGAUCGUGGUGAAUUGGUAAGAAAAGCUGCGAUUGAACGUAAAAAUCGCGAGGAAAGACGUAGAACAGAGUCUGUGUCUAUUCAGUUGCAGUCUCUUUCCCGUGGACUUCUUUGCAGGGAACGAUUAAAGAAUGAAUUCCGCUCACAAUGGUACGAAACUUACUUAGCGGCCGGUGCGCAAAAGCUCGACAUGUCGGACUGGGAUAAAUUGCAAGAAUGUAUUCAGCAAUUUGUUAUUUUUGCUGACCCUCAACUGGAUUUUGAAGCUUUUCGGAGCAUAAUCUAUGAUUUGCUUAGUUCUUUGCAUCGUGAAGUUACCCCCAAUGAUUCAACGUCUUCGAAACAUAACCCAAAUAAACUGGAUGAUAAGGUCGAGGAAUCAGAACUGUCAAGGCUUUGUACAGUUAAGUCAAAAGUCUCUGUUCUCGGUUUUCCAUGGGUAUGGCAACGAUUUACCACCCUUUGUUUGAAGUCAUUUAGAAACAUACUUCAAAUAAGUAAGGAAGCUAGACUUGAUUCAGAUUUAUGUCUCUUGUUGGAAACUUUAGGAUAUCUUUCUGUCUUUCUUGAAGUUCAUGAAAUGUCUGAUUACUACGAUUGUUUAAUGACCUUUUACGAAUAUUUUCACCUUCAAAAAGAAUUCUCCAACUUCAGGAGUUCGUUUGUCUUUUGUCUUUUCAGCCCGCUUGAUGAGACAAAAGAUAAUUAUAAUAGAGUUCAACAAUUCUUUAUCUUUCAUAUUUUUACGCGCCGCUCUUAUGAAUCUUUGCUUGGUGAUAUUUCAUCAAGCUUGGUUGUUUCAAAAGUAUUUCCUUCAAUGUCUUUUUCCAAAGAGGAAGAUAUUAUGUCUUCUCUAUUAAGCUUGGACACUUCAAAAUUAUUUUGUAUGGGAGGUGCCUGCCUUCAUUUGUUACAUACAGAAGUUGAAUCUUCAUUUUUAUGGUUUUUUUCCUCACUAGUUUUGGACGCCCUUUAUACACAUUCUGAAAAUUCUGUCAUAAAUCGCUUCAAUGCUCCUAUAGACUUGGACGACGACGAGGAUGAGGAAUAUUCAUUCGUCCAAGACUAUUAUACCCAUAUACAACUCGUUGCUAAGCAAUUUGGAAAUUUGUUAACCUCACAAAUACUUAGCGUGCAACGAGUUUUUGCUGAAGCUUUAUCAUCCAACUUUAUAACCAAGGUCUUCUCUGAGAUUACGAGUACUACUAUAUUAAGUGUUUCACAUUUUUUCUCAUCUAUACUAAAGCUAUUUCCCUCAAAUCGCACUUCGAUAUUGAUGUACGUAUCCUUAAUCGACCAUUUACGCGUAGAACCGAACAUGUCGUUCGUGCAAUAUUCUUGGGACAUAUUUACCAAAUCUCCCAUAUUUUCGUUAUUCUCAAAAAAGGUUGAUGUCAAGAGUAUUAUGCAAACUGAUUCAGCUUAUUGGCAUCAACUUCAGUUCCUGCUUGACGUUUACUCUCGAAUGUUGUUUACAAUGAUUGACGAAGAAUUUCAUAGCGUCCAGCACAAUCCGUUAUAUAAUGUGCGAGAAGAACUAUGCAUUCUUUUGAAAAAUUUUGUUUUGGGGUUAUACUGGGAUGUUAACACAUCAAAAGAAGUUAAUGAUAACUCAUUGGUAGAUGUAACUCAGCUUAGGGUUUCUUCAACAUCUCUGCUUCAAAGACUCUUUCGGAUCAAUUAUCGAAAACCAUAUGUACGAGAUAAUAUGUUUUUGAUGGAAGAGUAUUUCAACUUGACCGAAUUCGAAGCAGGAGCCCUGCAAGAGGCACAGUCUGCUUCAAAUAUGGAUGUAGAUCUAUCUUCCGGCAUGAAAGUUGAUAACUACAAUGAAUCAAGACCAAAACUAAAUAUACUAAACAAUUGCUCCUUUUUCUUGCCAUUCCGUUUUCGCAUCCAUUUACUUCAACAGCUUAUAACAAUGGAUAAGCAGGCAAAUGGAUUCAUACAGCCAUUUGGUCAUUUAAAGCAUGCAGUUAUUCGCCGAAACCGAAUUUUUGAUGACGGCUUUGAUGCGUUUUAUAAUCUAGGAAAAAUGUUUAAAGGAUCCAUUCGUAUCACUUUUGUGGACGAACAUGGCGUAGUAGAGGAAGGAAUUGACGGAGGUGGAUUGACGAAAGAAUUUUUAACAAGUAUAUGCAAAACUGUUUUUGAUAUCAAUUAUGGUUUAUUUAGCGAAACGAAGGCGCAUCUACUGUAUCCCAACACACAUGGAUAUGCACAAGAUAUUGAGCGACUACGUUGCUACGAAUUCUUAGGAAUGCUGAUCGGCAAGUGCAUAUAUGAAGGAAUUCAGAUAGACGCCGCAUUUGCUGCAUUUUUCGUUUCAAAGUGGCUAGGUCAUCCUAGUUAUUUUGAUGAUUUGACAAGUUUGGAUAACAAUUUGUAUGAAGGGUUAAUAUUCCUUAAAAAUUAUGACGGUGAUGUAGAAAACGAUUUGGCCCUAAACUUCACGGUCGUUCAUGAAGAAUUUGGUGUUCGCAAUGUCAUUGAAUUGAUUCCCAAUGGAGGAAACGUGGCAGUAACAAACGACAACCGGUUACAAUACAUUCAUUUAAUUUCUAAUUACUAUUUGAAUGCACGUUUAUCAAAGCAAUGCCGAGCAUUUACAAAUGGGUUUACGCAAAUUAUUGAUCCUCACUGGCUGGCCAUGUUCCAUGAAAACGAGAUUCAUGUUUUGGUAGGAGGAGAUCCGGUACCUAUCGAUGUGAAUGAUUUGAAAAAGAACACGGUUUAUGCUGGAGGUUAUGAUUUGAAUUCUCCUACUAUUCAAAUGUUUUGGGAAGUGCUUCGAGAGCUUGAUGAAGAAGAUAAGCGGAAUUUUGUUAAGUUUGUCACGAGUGUUGCCAGACCACCAAUUUUAGGCUUUAAGGCUCUUAUGCCAGCGUUCUGCAUUCGGACGAAUGGCGAAGAUGAAUCCAGACUUCCUACUGCAAGCACAUGCGUAAACUUGUUAAAGUUACCUAUAUAUACAUCUAAACAGACGUUAAAAGAAAAAUUAAUUGUAUCUGUUCGUUCUGGAGGUGGUUUUGGAUUCAGUUGA